UUAUUUCACUCUGAUUUCUCUAUAGCUACAUUUUAACCUGCAUGUUUUCUUCCUUUUUAUCUCUAUGCUGCUAGGUUUGCAUUUGGUGCUAAAUGCCAAUUUCAUUGUGUUCAGGACGGGGCACUUUCCUAUUUCAUUUCAAGUGUUUGUAUAUGAAUCAUUGCCCAUGGUUCAUAUUGAAUAUGUGAAAGUACACAAUGUACUAUUUAGGUGUUUUUAAUAUGUUAUGCUUGGCUGUGUGUUAAUUUCUGCUACACUGAUAUGUCACAGAGAGCAAUGAGAUCAGUCGAGCCAGAUGGCGUGAAAUAGGGCACACAAAUCAUUAUUGCCUGGCAACAACAGAGCACAUAUCAACAGGGCUUUACUGCUAAACAGGCUCGUCAGGGGCGGCAGGGGAGGCACAGCCUCCCCAAAAUUUUGAGGUGAAAAUGGGAGGAGGACUAUUUAAUGUUAAUAAAAUUCACAAUUAAUUGCAGUUCAUAUCUCAGAAAUGUGUAUUUUUUGUUUGUAAUUUCACAGCUGUAAUACCAUAAAAUGUUAAUGAAGUUGGAAAGCGCUGCAUUUCUAUCGCGAAUGUGCUGAAUCUGCUGAUAUAAUUACAAUCGCUAGGUGAUAGAGAAGGGGGGGGGGCGGUGGAGAGUUGAGCUCUCGUGCCUCCGUUGGUAAAAAAAAAAAAUAGCCAAUCAGCAUCGAGUGUUCACUUUCAGCGCUGAUGUUGAGAAAAGAAACCUCGUAGAGGAGGCAAGCCUCCCUUCUGGUAUCAACCAAUCAUCAUAGACACGUAAAUUACGUGAUAUAAGUUUAAACGUCUCACGCUGCACUGAUAAGGCACCAAGUAAUGUUGAGCAGCGAUAUUGAAUAUUUGAUCACCAACAGAUUUACCAAGCUGUCAUUCAAACAGUAUAUAUAUAAAAAAAAAAUUAAAAAAAAGGGAAAACACGUCUAAACUGGAUAUAGAAUACAGCAGUCGGCUUAACAGGCAGCUCAGUUUGGCAGAUCAAAGUUUCUGUGAAUCAUUGCAUCUAAUAAUGCUAAAGGUUAUUUUAAAGACAAAUUUCAUUUACCAUACCAUAAAUAAUACUGGUGUGUUGGAAUAUUUAUCGAUAUUUAAAUAUGUACGCUAAUCACUGGGAUUCACAGAAACUGAGUUCUGUUUUGUCACUGCAUUGACACACGUUUUGUGUCCACUGUUGAGGAUGAUGAGUAAAGUGAGAAUAAUAAUAAUAUAAAUAAUAUGGUGGCUACAAUUUUAGCUCAUACAAAUUGUUUAGUAGUUAUUAAUUUUUUUUUUACGUCAUCUUUAUAUGUCGAUGGUCCAUUAUAUCAGCUGCCAGUGUACCUGUGUGGCAGGUACAGCUGUGUGUAAUCAUGUGGCAGCACUGUUGUACCAGACUGCACAUUAUUGCCAGCUCAGCAUCACCUCUGUUCCCCCAACACACAGCUGCACAGAGACUGACCAGAAGUGGCAUAAGCCAAGAUCCAUGGGUGUUAAACCUGGUCUGGUAAAUGCCAUGGUGAUUCUUUCAGCCAGACCCAAGGAACGAAAACUGAUGGAAGGCAUCAGGAGCAACUUGUAUAAGGGUGUCAGUUCAGCUCUGCCUGAACUUUCCACACUCAGGGUGGAUGAAGUCUACCAUGAUGUUCCAAGUGAUGUGGCUCCACUGAUAACAACUAUGGCAAUGGACAUUAAUGUUCCUCUGGUUGACUCUGCAUUUGGAAAAGUGCAAGAAGGAAGUGUGUUAUCCUAUCAUAUGCCAGCAAAAAGAGUUCCAAAAACCUGUCCCCACACAGAUGCUCCUUCUCCCCCACAGCUGCCACUUCAGGGUUACAGGCUGGGACCCUCUACCUGCUCUUUUGUCUGCACUGAACAUCAGCAGUACCACAUGAUGUCCCUGGAAACAACAUUAGAGAACGCACACAAAAUUGCCAACAGCACAAAAGAGCAGAGUUCCUGCAUCGAGUGGCACCGCAUCACCACCUCCAAGUUCAGAGAGGUAUGUCACACCAGGGCACAGAGCUCUGCUGAAAAUCUUGCCAAAAGACUUCUGUGACCUAGCCAUCAGACUGCCGACAUUAGGAGGGGGCUUGACAUGGAACCUGCAGCAGUAGAGUUACUGCAGAGUAAGGGAGGUUAACCACUGUCCCUGCGGCUUCCUUAUCCACCCUGAUGCACCGUGGAUGGGGUCAUCACCCGAUGGCAUUGUGCAUGA